GUCCAUAUGAGAAUUUGAUCCCAAUUUUGUUAUCUUCAUAUAAUCGUUAUCCCUAUCUCUUAAACAUUUUAAUCUCAGCUACCUUUCUCCUCACUACGCUGCCAUGUCUCAGAUCAUCGAGCACAUAGUCCUUUUCAAAGUCAAAGACGACGCUGACUCCGACAAGAUCGACGCCAUGGUCAACGGCCUCAACAGCCUCGCCACCAUCGACCAAGUUCUCUACCUCUCCGCCGCUCCUAUCCACCGUCUCAGCUCCACCUCCGCCUUCACUCACGUCCUCCACAGCCGGUACAGAUCCAAAGAAGAUCUCAGCGCGUACGUCGCACAUCCCGACCACCUUCGCGUCGUAGAGGCAACCAUGCCGAUAUGGGAAGACAUCAUGUCCGUUGACUGGAUUGCCGAUCAAGUCCCUCGAGUCCUAAAACCUCCUGGAGGUUCUGUUACGAAAGUGACGUUGCUGAAGGUGAAAGAGAACGUCACCGACGAGACCAAGAAGGAGAUUAUGAAAGUGGUUAAGGAGGAGUCUCGUGAGAUCAGUGUGGGAGAAAACUUCUCUCCGGCGAGAGCAAAGGGUUUCUCGAUUGGAUCGGUUGCGUAUUUUAAGGAUCUUGGAGAAGUUGAGGCUCACGAGGAGUUGGUGAAGGAGAAGGUUGGUGGUUAUGUGGAAGAUACCAUUGUUGUUGAGUUCUUGGUUCCUCCUCCUUCGUAGCUUCUUUAAAAUGUUCAGAUUUCAAUUACUUGAAGACUGUCAUUUUAUAUUUGUAAUUCAAGAAUGUGUUUUUUUUUCUUUUCGGUAUAUUGUUCGACCUAAAUGGCAAAAUAUACCGUAUAACUUGUAUAAUAAUACAAUUUCACCAUCAUA